UCGAGAUUAGAGGGGAAGCUUCCAGACUACGUUUAGUUCACCGCUUCUAUCGUCGGAAGAGAGAGAGAGAGGGAGAGGGAGAGAGAGAGAGAGAGAGGCGAGCAUUUCGUCGAGCAUGUCGGACAGCGGCGUCGUGAUGGUCUACGGCAACGGCGCGGCCUUGACGGAGCCGAAGAAGUCGUCCACCUUCUCCAUGAAGGUGGGGCUGGCGCAGAUGCUGCGUGGCGGGGUCAUCAUGGACGUGGUACGCCCGGCCCGCGUUGCCGAGGAGGCGGGCGCUUGUGCCGUCAUGGCGCUCGAGCGUGUCCCUGCGGACAUCCGCGCCCAAGGCGGCGUCGUCCCUUGGGCGGUGCCACCGCCGGCUAGGAAUUCUGGUCCGAAUGGGCUGAUCCAUUCGACC